ACCGAAGCUGCGGGCCGUAUGAAAUCUGGCCGCGGGCCGUGAUUGGCCCCCGGGCCGGACUUUGGACAUGCCUGACUAAGGGGAGGUGCAACAGAUGAGGAAGUUCUUUGCCCUGCUCUCUGCUCUCUUGCCUUAUAAAUGCCCGUCUAAAUGUCUCUGUCCCUCAUUUUUAAUCCUCCACCUGUAAGAGAUGGACGCUUUCUUGUUUUUCACUGGUCUUUGCCUUUUUACAUUGGGAUCUGCAUUAACAGAUACAGUUUCUAAAAUGAUCUCAGCUGUUCCUGGACAGAGCGUCUCUCUGCCAUGCCGACUCCCCAACAACAAACCUGCUGUGGCUGUGAAGUGGACCCGACCGGACCUGGAACCAGAAUAUGUCCUCCUGUUCAGAGAUGAGCAGCCUGACCCCGAGAACCAGCAUCCAUCUUUUAGGAAGCGGGUGGAGCUGCAGGACAGACGGAUGAAGGACGGAGACGUGUCUUUGCUUCUGAGCAACGUGACGACCAGCGACUCGGGAAAAUACGAGUGUCGAGUUUUCCAGAGAGAAGCAACCGGCAGGAAGAGACGCACUUUGACCUCUGACCCCAUCGGGAUCGUCUUCCUGGAUGUAGCUCCUCCUCCAGAAAACGAGGAGGAAAGAAAAGAAGAUGGAAGCAGAAACAAACAUGUUGGACUGAUUAUUGGAGCCGUUCUGAUGGUUUCACUAAUUAUUGGUUUGAUUAUUCGUCAUUAUGUUAUUAAAACAAAAGAAGAGGAAACAGAAGAUGAACAGAUCACCGAACUCAGUGAGUGUUAAGGACGGUUCUAGUUCAGAUCCCCAACCUUGAUCCUCAGAGCUCAACAUCCUCCAUGACUUGAAUGUGACUUUGCUCUAACAACUUGAUUGCAAUGAUUGCAUCAGCUCCUCUGCAGGCCAUCAGGUUCUGCUGAGGAGUUUUAAUCAUUGAAUCAUUUAUGUGGCUACAGGGAAAGUCCUAAAGCCUGCAGGACUUUGGGCUCUGAGGACCAGGGUUGGGAUCACUGCUCCAGUUGACCCAAGAUUGGUUUCUUCAGCUGUUACAG